AUGGCUGGGAAGCCGAAACCUCUGAACGUGGAAGCGCCAGAAGCCGCGGAGGAGGCUGAAGGGCAAGCCAAGUCUUUGAAGACUGAAGACUUGCUGGCAAUGGUGAUAAAGCUGCAGAAAGAGGGAAGCCUGGAGCCACAGAUAGAGGACAUGAUUAACCGGAUUAAUGAGCUUCAGCAAGCAAAAAAGAAAUCCAGUGAGGAACUGAGAGACACCCGCACUCUCCAGGAGGCCCUGCAUAGGGAAUUAGACUCCUUGAAUGGAGAGAAGGUGCACCUAGAGGAGGUCUUGAGCAAAAAGCGAGAGGCACUGAGGAUCCUCCAGCUGCACUGCCAAGAGAAGGAAAGUGAGGCUCAGAGGUUGGAUGUCAAAGGAGAGCUGGAGGAUCUGAUGGGCCAGCACAAGGACCUCUGGGAAUUCCAUAUGCUGGAGCAGCGACUGGCCCGGGAGAUCCGUGACCUGGAGAGGAGCAAGGAGCAGCUGCUCUCGGAGAGAAGGCUGGUGCGCGCCAAGCUGCGGGAGGCGGAGCGGCGGCUGCGCUCGCCGUCUGAGGUCGAGGGCGCCAUGGCGGCGGAGGACGGGCUGAGGGCGGAGCUGGAGAUAUUCGGGGAGCAGGUCCAGAGCGCCCUCGAGGUCCGAGUCGGCCGGGGAGAGGCCGGAACGGAGCUCCCGGGCGCCCGCGACGUGGAGGACCCGGAGCCGCCGGUGGCUGACCCUGAGGCCCCCUAGGCUAGCAGGACCCGCCCAGUCCUGACCUUCCCUCCAGACGGUCCAAAAAUAAAGGCGAUCGUUUCCGACCG